AGAAGAAGAAGAAGAAGAAGUAGACGAGUCAUUGAGCAGCAUCUGUGUGCCAUUAACUCAUUACGCUCUAAAUGGUCAGGACUUGUUCUGGGCAAUAUUUAUAAACCAACAUGAUCACCUUGUUCGUUGCUGUUAGGUUUGACCAUGAUGACUGCUGUGUUUUAUCUGAGGGCGUUCCUCUGUGCCAUGCUGAUUUUGAGUACACAUGGCUUUCCAAUUAAAGGAUCAAAAUCUCAGGAUCAGAGUAGUGGUGGCUCAUACACUGAUAGCCAUUCCUCUAACUGGGAAAGGCCUGGAGGUCACUAUUCACCCAUGUCUUACAGCCCUGCUAGAGAUGUGCCAAUGGUUGGGCCCAGUUCCUACCAGUUUGAGACAAACCCAGCAUCAGGAAACUUGCUGUCUGGUACACUUCCAGCAGGAUAUGCUGUUGGUGCUGGCUAUGUUCCUGUUGUACCUGCCCAGCUUGGAUAUGCUGACUCAGCUCAACCUAGUCCACCAGAAACAAAGUGGACUGUCCCUUCAAUCUUUGAAAAGGGCCUUGCUGACAAUGAGGCUUUAAGUUCCAACGAUUUCAGCUCUAGUGCUGAGCUUGCUCCGGCUGCACCAUCUGGCCCAGGCCUCCAGUCUGGCGAGACCUCUAGUGUCAAGAAAGAAGCUGAACAUGGAAAGUUUCAUGGUGAAACUGAGGAAGUUGGCUACUCUGCUGGUCCAGGGUUUGCAAUGGACUCUGUUGGCCCUUGGGUCUACCCCAAUCUGUACCCUUAUCCUCUUCCCCAUCCUUACCCCCAGUUUGACUACAGGCUCUUGUAUGGCUUGUACCCUCCUGGCACCUACUCAACCUUCAACAAACAACAUGAAAAGGGCAAGGACUACUAUCAAAGCAUCCACUAUAUGAAGGAGCAUGGUCCAGACACCCCUGGCAGUCAUGGUUCUGAGCAGCAGAAAAAGAUCUACCCCUAUGGGGCCUAAACUGUUGAACUGACAAAGAUAAAAAAAAAAUCAGACUUGGCUCUGUUCCUAAUUGCUUCAUGAGAGGAAUCUGCAGGAAUGAAGCUUGGACUGUUUACUUUGUAUGCUAAACGAAUGAGGAUGUUGCUGGCUUUCCCCACCAUUGCCUCCAUGCAUGAAGCUAUUUUUAGCUGGAUUAUCUAACUAAAAAGAUCAGCUUUUUCUUUGACCAUUUACUUUUGAGCCGAGUUUCCUCUCAGGAUUGGAGGCGAUGGAGUUAACGGGGACCCUUCAACUCCUGACUGAAGACUGAGCCGUCUCCUCAGCAGCUUGGGCUGACAUAACUAAAGAGGCAUUAACACCCGCUUACAUCACUAAACAAACGCGGGGCCUUGAUGAGCAUGGGAAAACAGCAUUCUAGUCCAGCGGUGAAUUGAACAAGAAAACAAGGCACAAUCUGAGCCUUGUGUGGAACUACUCAUCUCUAUACCUCUAUCUGCAUGGAGCUGACAACUUUGUCUCAUGUUUACCAAUUUUCCCAGGCACAACCAGCUCCAUAAAAAUGCCUCUUCCUGUGUCUGAGAUCAUAAAUUUAAAGCAGUAGGGUGGUGCCUUUGUUUGCACCUUGCUACCAGUAGACAUUGUGUUGACAUUCUGUUUGUGAAGCAGCCAUCAGUGUCUUUGCAAUGUGAUGAAGCUGCUCCACAUCUGAUCAGCUCUGAAGACAGCUGGAGGCCUUCACCAACUGCAGUCAUUUACAAUAAGAUUUGCCAGGAUCAAGAUGUAAGCUGAAAGUCCUAGAAUCCCUUGAAAAAAAUGCAGAUGGCCUGCUGGCUUUCAUGCCGAUUUUAAAAAUGUGAUUCUGUAAAAUGUAAAUAGAAACAAAACUAAGUCUCAAACUGAUAAUUUCAAAUAUCAAAUGUUCCACAAAGGAAACAAGACAAUUUUUUAUUUUGGAAAAAAGUAGUCUAUUUGAAUUUUAAGGAAGCAACCUAUUAAAGAAAGUUGGGACAGAGACAGACUGUGAAAGUGGUAUGGAAAAAAAACUGCUUUAAACUUAUGUGCAGUCUCAAAGUAUUGAUUUGGCUAAGGCUUAUUAGUUGUAAUGGCCAUCCUGGAUUGCACUGACUCCAAAAAAUUAAUCAAAUGUACAUAAGAUGAUCAUUUUUUUUCAUGAGAUAUUAUGCUAACAGAUUGAUUUGACUCAAAUGCCACAGUUUUAAGCAUUUAGUGCAUAUAGUAUGAUGACUCUCUACUACCAGACCAAAUUUAAGCUUUUCUGUAAGACUGACUAAAUUAUGACCAUUUUAUUUUACGGUCAGGUGGCUACGGCAACCAUUUUGAAUUGGGCUGGCUUCAAAAGUGAAUCAGUUUUAGUGAUGUAUUGAAUGGUUUGGCAACAGAUUUUUAAUUUGUUUUUCCUUUUUGUCUUACCCAUCAAUGCUUCUCAAUAAGCAUUUUCUUAACUGAUUCACUGUUCCUCCUCCAUUCAGUCUAGAAAUGAAAGAACUACAUGUGCAUUUUUCUGUCUAUGCUGCUUUUAUACUUUUAUUUUCCAAAAUGUGAACAGACCAGUUCAAAAGCCAUUAUGAGUGUGUUAGCUUCGAAACUCUGCACAAAGAACGAGAAGUGCACAAGAGUUUUCUGAUUUGUGAGGUGUCACAUU